AUCCCACCGGCAGUAACCAGUAGUGUCCAAGUGGCCAAGUCGUCGGCAAUAUAACACAUCACAGACUUAAACCAUACCAUCAACCACGAGGCCAAAGAGUAACCUGGGUUUAUUUAUAAUCAUUAUCAUUACAAUCGUGUCAUCAUCCAGUUUGUCUAGUUGUCGUACGAUUUAUAACGAUUUAAACUUGGUCACUUGUUAACUUGUGUUUAUUACGAACAACCUAUCUGGAUUACUAGUUGACAUAUAAUUUAGUUAUAAUGACUAAUAACAACGUAACUAAGGAUUUAAAUCCACCUCAUCAUCAUCAGCAGCAGCAGCAGCAACAACAACAGAAAUCACUUACUGAAGAUGUACUAUCAUGGAAAUCAAUGAGCGUACGGCAAAAGUGUAACUUUCUCUUCAGUAAUAUAACAGUUGAACCAAUGGUCGCGUGUUACAUAAUGCCUAGUGUCCUUGCUUCCCUUGCUACGCAAAAUCUUAAUUUAGAAAAAGCAUGCAGGGUUAAUUUGGCUUAUUCAGACGACAUUUGUUCAGCUUUAGCAGCAAGAAAUACCACUGUGUACAGGGAAGAGGAAGCUGCUGUACAACAACUUGUUGCAGGAAUGCAGACCUGGAAGUUGGCGUUACAAAGUGGAUUACCGUCACUACUGAUCCUCUUCUUGGGUGCUUGGAGUGAUCGUACUGGACACAGAAAACCCUGUAUGCUACUGCCGAUUGUCGGAGAAUUUCUUACCAGUGUUAGUUUACUUGCUUGUACUUACUGGUUUUAUGAGCUUCCAAUGGAGGCUGCGGCAUUAGCUGAAGCAUUUUGGCCGGCUGUAACUGGAGGGUGGUUUACGAUGUUGAUGGCGGUAUUUAGUUAUGUUGGUGAUAUCACAACUGUUGAAUCACGAACACUUAGAAUUGGUACUGUUAACGUAUUUUUGUCUAUUGGAAUACCUAUUGGAAUGUCACUUUCAGGUAUUUUAUAUAUGAAAAUUGGAUUCUAUGGUGUAUUUGCUAUUUCUACGGUGUGUUACAUAUUAAGCUUUAUUUACGGCGUCGUUGUUGUUAAAGAGGCACCACGGCCACCGAAUUUUAUACCACCAGAAAAAACCGAGAAAAUGUCUAUUUGUGCCAAUGUUGUUGAUUUUUUUGCCUUUCGACAUAUUUCCGAGACAUUUAGAGUUGCUUUUAAAGAAGACGCUAAUAAUAGACAACGAAGAAUCUGUGUUUUGAUGAUUGUUGUCAUGGUUGUUGUUGGACCCAUGUAUGGUGAAAUGGCUGUAAUGUAUCUUUUUACACGUUAUCGUUUCAACUGGAACGAAUUAAAAUUCAGUAUGUUUUACACAUACAGUAUGGUUACUAAUUUAAUUGGUACGAUGAUGUCUGUAGGAAUAUUUAGUCAUUUUUUAAAAAUAGACGAUGCAUUGGUGGGUCUAAUGAGUUGUAUGAGUAAAAUUCUAGCUAGUUUUGUUUAUGCAUUUGCCGCUGAAGACUGGGUGAUUUAUUUAGCUCCCUUGGUAGAAAUAAUAAAUGGAACAUCAUUCAUUGCAAUGCGGUCCAUAGCAUCGAAAUUAGUUCCAACAGACGAGCUUGGUAAAGUUAAUUCACUCUUUGGAGUAUGUGAGUCACUGAUGCCUCUAGUUUACGGUCCAAUAUAUAGUUCAGUAUAUGCAGCUACGAUGAAUACCCUUCCAGGGACGUUUUUUUUACUUGGAGGUGGUUUAACAAUACCUGCUGUUAUUUCUUUCUUGUGGCUGUACUUUGAGAGCAGAAGGGAUCGGGCAUUGGUGGAGCUCGAAUUGAGGAAGGAGAAGUUUGGUAAAAUUGAAGAAUUGGGUGAUAAGGGUAUCAAGAUGAUUAUUAAUAAAGAUUUUCAUAAAAAAAAUACAAAUAGUAAUAAACAUAUUGAAGCUGGUUUUGAUAAUCCUACUUUUCUUUCUGAGCAUUUAUAAACAAUUUAUUUAUUUUUUUUUAUUUUAUUCAAGCCAUUUUUAAAAAGGAAAAAUUUUAUUGUAUCGUAAUAUUUACAAUAUAAGACCACAAAAAAUAAGCAAUAAUGACUGGUUAUUAAAUUAAAAAAAAGUAUAUAUUUUUUCAAGAAACAAUAAAACUAUUUAUAUUUUUAUUAUAUUUAAAAUACGACAAUACUUUGGUGAUGUUGAAUUUAUAAA